AUGCCGCUGGACCUGGACAUGCCGCCAGCUAGCUUUGAGAUCUUGCAUUGUCGGUGGGCCAUGCUUGCUGCUCUUGGUGUUGUUGUUCCUGAGCUGUUAGAUCUAUUUGGGUUAGUUGUUGAGCCUGUAUGGUGGAAAGUUGGUUACGCAAAACUUCAGGGUGAUACUCUUGAUUACCUUGGGAUUCCUGGAUUCCGGAUUGCUGGUGGUCAAGGUGUCAUUGUAAUCGCUAUCUGUCAAGCCCUUUUGAUGGUUGGACCAGAAUAUGCGAGGUAUUGCGGAAUCGAAGCACUAGAACCUUUGGGAAUAUAUCUUCCUGGGGACAUAAACUACCCAGGAGGAGCGCUCUUCGAUCCCUUGGGUUUGUCCAAAGAUCCCGUGGCAUUCGAAGAGCUCAAGGUGAAGGAAAUGAAGAAUGGUCGCCUGGCAAUGGUUGCGUGGCUCGGGUUCUACAUUCAGGCUGCUGUAACUGGCAAGGGCCCUGUGCAGAACCUCGUCAAACACUUGUCGGACCCGCUACAUAACAACAUUUUUUAUCCUCUUUCCUUUGAGAAAUUUAACCAAGGAGCAGCUUGCGUUUUUUUCCACCUUUCUCUUUGCAUUGCAGCAACUCAUGUAUAG